AUGGCGGAGCGCGAGAGCGGCGGCCCGAGCGGGGGGGCCGCGACCCCGUCUGCCGCCUCCCCAUUCCUGGGGCUCCACAUCGCGUCGCCGCCCAAUUUCAGGCUCACCCAUGAUAUCAGCCUGGAGGAGUUUGAGGAUGAAGACCUCUCCGAGAUCACCGAUGAGUGCGGCAUCAGUCUGCAGUGCAAAGAUGCCCUGUCCUUACGGCCCCCGCGUGCCGGGCUGCUGUCGGGGGGCGGCGGCUGCGCGGGGAGCCGGCUGCAGGCCGAGAUGCUGCAGAUGGACCUGAUCGACGCGGCGGGGGACACUCCCGGCGCCGAGGACGACGAGGAGGAGGACGAGGAGGAGCGCGCGGCGCGGCGUCCGGGAGCAGGGCCGCCAGAAGCCGAGCCUCGCCAGGAGCCGGCGCCCCGCGGCCAGGGCCAGGGCCAAGGCCAGGGCCAGGGCCAGGGUCAGGGCGGCGGGGACACGUACCGACCCAAACGGCCCACCACGCUCAACCUCUUCCCGCAGGUGCCGCGGUCUCAGGACACGCUGAAUAAUAAUUCUCUGGGCAAGAAGCACAGUUGGCAGGAUCGGGUGUCUCGAUCAUCCUCACCCCUGAAGACAGGGGAGCAGACGCCUACACACGAACACAUCUGCCUGAGCGAUGAGCUGCCACCCCAGAGCAGCCCCGCCCCCACCACAGACAGAGGCACCUCCACCGACAGCCCCUGCCGCCGCAGUGCUGCCACCCAGAUGGCGCCUCCCAGUGUCCCUCAGGCUGCCCCACCCGGUGGCCGGGGCCACUCGCAUCGAGACCGCAUCCACUACCAGGCAGACGUGAGGCUGGAGGCCACUGAGGAGAUCUACCUGACACCGGUGCAGAGGCCCCCCGACCCUGCAGAGCCCGCCUCUGCCUUCCUGCCGCCGGCUGAGAGCCGGAUGUCGGUCAGCUCCGAUCCAGACCCCGCUGCCUACCCCUCAACAGCGGGGCGGCCGCACCCCUCCAUCAGCGAGGAGGACGAGGGCUUCGACUGCUUGUCCUCCCCGGAGCGGGCUGAGCCACUGGGCGGAGGGUGGCGGGGGAGCCUGGGGGAGCCGCCGCCGCCCCCACGGGCCUCCCUGAGCUCGGACACCAGCGCGCUGUCCUACGACUCGGUCAAGUACACGCUGGUGGUGGACGAGCACGCGCAGCUGGAGCUGGUGAGCCUGAGGCCGUGCUUCGGAGACUACAGCGACGAGAGCGACUCGGCCACUGUCUACGACAACUGCGCCUCCGCCUCCUCGCCCUACGAGUCGGCCAUCGGGGAGGAGUACGAGGAGGCGCCGCGGCCGCGGCCCUCUGCCUGCCUCUCGGAGGACUCCACGCCCGACGAGCCCGACGUCCACUUCUCCAAGAAGUUCCUCAACGUCUUCAUGAGCGGCCGCUCUCGCUCCUCCAGUGCGGAGUCCUUUGGGCUCUUCUCUUGUGUCAUCAACGGGGAGGAGCAGGAGCAGACCCAUCGGGCCAUCUUCAGGUUUGUGCCUCGCCAUGAAGAUGAACUUGAGCUGGAAGUGGACGACCCCCUGCUGGUGGAGCUCCAGGCCGAGGACUACUGGUACGAGGCCUACAACAUGCGCACGGGGGCCCGGGGCAUCUUUCCCGCCUACUACGCCAUCGAGGUCACCAAGGAGCCUGAACAGAUGGCAGCCCUGACCAAAAACAGCGACUGGGUGGACCAGUUUCGGGUGAAGUUCCUGGGCUCCGUCCAGGUUCCCUACCACAAGGGCAAUGACGUCCUCUGUGCCGCUAUGCAAAAGAUCGCCACCACCCGCCGGCUCACCGUGCACUUUAACCCGCCCUCCAGCUGCGUCCUAGAGAUCAGCGUGAGGGGCGUGAAGAUCGGCGUCAAGGCUGAUGACUCCCAGGAGGCCAAGGGGAAUAAAUGUAGCCACUUUUUCCAGUUAAAAAACAUCUCUUUCUGUGGAUACCAUCCAAAGAACAACAAGUACUUUGGGUUUAUCACUAAGCACCCCGCUGACCACCGGUUUGCCUGCCAUGUCUUUGUGUCUGAAGAAUCCACCAAAGUCUUGGCGGAAUCUGUGGGGAGGGCGUUCCAGCAGUUCUACAAGCAGUUUGUGGAGUAUACGUGCCCCACGGAAGACAUCUACCUGGAGUAG